AUGUCUAUCCCAAACACACAUCCUGUACCCAGACAUCAAGGCGCCUCAGCCGGCUUCUUACGCUUUCAAAAGCUCUGGGAGGACGCCAUUCUCAAGUACAACAAUGUUACGGACUCGAACCUCCGUCGCUCACCCCUCUUCAACAAAAUGAUCUACGCAAACUCCGUCGAGGAAGUUGUUCGCGUCCUCGAAGAGCACAAGAAAGGCUUCAGGGCUUUUCGCAAACACGGCGAGAAGGCCCGUGCUGUUGUGGCACCGAUCUUUACCUUCACGAAGCUGCUCAUCGACGCUGGUGGCGAGGCGGCUGUGGCUUCAGGUGUGGUGCCCGGCGGCAAGGCUAUUUUCACAGCGUUCGGGGUCCUUCUGGAGGCAGCCGAAAAGGUUAGCCAGAGCUUCGAUGCUAUCGAGGGACUUCUGUCAAGGCUCGGAGGGGUCCUCAGACGCCUUCACAAUCACCUGCGAUCAUACACGGUGCUUAACGAUCAACUGGAAGACAUUUUUGUUCGCGCGCUUGUCCAGCUGCUCGAUGUACUCGCUCUCUGUACAAAAUAUAUCAGGAAGCGAGUGUCAUUGCGUGACACAAUUUUGAAGCGCACGGGAGACUACAGUCGAGCUCUCCUUGGAAACAAGGAUGUAAAGGAUGCACUUGAGAAGCUAGACAAGCUCACAAAGGAGGAGCUUUUGGCCAAUACAGCUCAGACACUUGAUGUGGUGCAAGGCAUAGCCAAUGGUGUUGAUGCUGUGUGCAAUGAUCUUGCCGACCUGCGAGGCAUUGGAGCUAGCACUCUCAACCUGCACCGUGAGGACUGCAUCUCUGGGGUAUUCAAUCUGGCUUAA